GGCGAUGGGGAGGGGUGACCGAGGCGGGAGACGCUGGGAAGCGGUGACUGGGACGGAGCCCAGGAGCCUCCCGGAUGCCUGGAGCAGAAAGAAGGUGCUGGUGGCGGGCAUCGCCCUGGGCAAGAGCUGACGACAAAGCUCCGAAGGAAGGCUGGCUCCAAACCCCACCAGGCGUCCGCACCGCAGCGGGGGCCUGCCCGGCCCCGAUCUGUGGAGCUGCAGGGAACAAGGUCAGGUUCUGCCCAACUUUGCACGGUGUCCUUUCACGCAGGGCACCAGAGACACCUUUCCAAGUUAAGUGGGUCAAGCCAUGGCGUCAGGCUAACAGCAGACCCCCGACAAGUCCGCCCAACGUGGGUGCCUCGACCUUGGCAACCGCACAUCUCGUGAAGUGCGCACAGCCGUCACCAGGAAACGCUGCGGCCAGGCCGCCGCUGUGCAGCUCGCUGUCUCGCGUGUGGUUCUUAGGGGCCUUUCCGGGACGCUCAGAGGCUCCACUCACGUUUCCUCGCGAUGCAGCCUCCUAAGCGUGUUGCCUACAAAGGGCCUGAAUUCCUCAUUUUCCCCACGGAGUUCCAUAAGGGAUCCUGAAGCCCGACAACUGAGACAGUUAAUCGGCACGCUUGGCGUAAGGCAGCGGGCAGCUGUCCACGCCGCGCAAGGACCGGUUCAGAGAGGCCCGGUGCGCGGGGGCCCGCGACAGGGAGGUCCCGGCCAGGGAUGAGUGGCCGCGUGCCGCUGGCGGAGAGAGCCCUGUCUGAAAGCUAUGCGCGGCUCCGGUACCGGGACACCUCCCUGCUCAUCUGGCAGCAGCAGCAGCGGAAACUGGAAUCCGCGCCACCGGGCACGUACCUGAGCAGGAGCCGGAGCAUGUGGUACUCCCAGUACGGAAACGAGGCCAUCCUGGUCCGGGACAGAAACAAGCUCGAAGUCUCCCGGGACACGGGCCAGUCCAAGUUCUGUACAAUCAUGUAACCCCAGCCUGAAAACCGGGGCCCACGCACCAGGCUGGGGGGAGAACAGGACGCAUUUCGGUCAGCGGCCCUGGUGGUUGCCAGUGCUUCCUGGGAGAUUCUGAAUCGUGAGCGUGAAGACCGAGCUGUGCGGGCAGAGCCCGAGUCCGGCUGUGGCGCCCAAGCUCUCCCGCGGUCCCGAGGGACGGGCGGGCCUGGCCUCUGGCCCCAUGCUUGGUCCACUGGCGCUGCGGGCACAGCCCGGGCAGGGGGCACGCGCAGAUCCUGCUUCUGUCCGAUGCUUCCAAAUGAACCAAGCAGGAGGGACUCCCUGGCCACAAAGAACCUUUUCAAAGGUUUCUAGGCUGUUUUCCGUAUUGCUUUCUGCCUGGUCUGGAGACAGAUCUGGGAAGAGGCGGGGGAGUCAGCGUCACGGAUGGGCAGGCGGCACCUAUGCGGUGAGGGAUGUGGGCGGCGGUGGCACCGCGACACGGACGACACGGACUCCUUGCCCUGCACGUCCAGUUACAAGAUGGGCAUCACGUGCCAGGCGCUGUGGGAGCUUCCACACCAGCUGCCAAGUACGCCCGACACAGGACGGAAGCCCGGGGUUAUUUUUCUGCUCCACCUCAGCCGCGAACGGGGAGUUCACAUGUGAUCACGUGGGUGGAAAAGGCAGGUGCGGCCUCUCGCAACACAUCACCCCUGCGUGGUCGGGCCCUGGUUUGUGAGGCACUGUCGGGAUUUGCGGUCUGUUGUGACCGAAGUCUGUGAGGCUAUGCAAAUGGGGGAUCUUUUGUCAAGGCUGGGUUUUCUAAAUAAAUAUCCUGUGGGAUGCUC